GCUGCUGUGAAAUGGACAUUUUGUAUCAGUGCAAGGAGAUCUUAAAGAUUCAGAAGUUUAGGCGAUUGGCGUCUUAUGCUGGAUUCUAUUCCUUCACUACACUCGUUACCUAUGCUUACACAAGCAAUACGACAAGAGCUGGCAUUUCGAGGGCCGAUCAGUAUUAUGCUUCCUACCCUUCUGGCACACUGCUAUUAACUGACACUGCAAAGCUUUACAAGGCUGCAUUAGGUAAUUGUUUUGAAAUAGACGACUGGGGUCCAAUAGAAUUUUCCAUCAUGGCAAAGCACUUUGACCGGCAAGGCAAACCACCAUAUGCUUACCAUGCUCAAUACAUGUCGCACCUUCUAUCCCAUGGCCAACUCGAUGGAAGUGGUUAA